CACUCAGACAGCCCCUUUGAAAGAGAACAAAGAAGUUGCGCUGAGCUUUGAUGAGGAAUCAGCCCAGCGCACAUUGCCACGGGCCUGGCUAGAGGCAAAGGGAGAUAAACAGGCCCCGUAUGACUUCAUGGAGCGACUGGACGGGAAGGAGAAGUGGAGUGUGGUCGAGUCACCCAGGGAACGCAGGAGCAUUCAGACCCUGGUGCAGAAUGAAGCUGUGUUUGUGCAGUACCUAGAUGUGGGCUUGUGGCACCUGGCCUUCUACAAUGAUGGCAAAGACAAGGAGAUGGUUUCCUUCAACACCGUUGUCUUAGAUUCAGUACAGGACUGUCCACGCAACUGCCAUGGGAAUGGUGAAUGUGUGUCCGGGCUGUGUCACUGCUUCCCAGGAUUUCUAGGAGCAGACUGUGCUAAAGCCGCCUGCCCGGUCCUGUGCAGCGGGAAUGGACAAUACUCUAAAGGGACGUGCCAGUGCUACAGUGGCUGGAAAGGCGCAGAGUGUGACGUGCCCACGAAUCAGUGCAUCGAUCCUUCCUGUGGGGGCCACGGCUCCUGCAUUGAUGGGAACUGUGUCUGCUCUGCUGGCUACAAAGGCGAGCACUGUGAGGAAGUUGAUUGCUUGGAUCCCACCUGCUCCAGCCAUGGGGUCUGUGUGAAUGGAGAAUGCCUUUGCAGCCCUGGCUGGGGUGGCCUAAACUGUGAACUGGCUAGGGUCCAGUGCCCAGACCAGUGCAGUGGGCACGGCACUUACCUCCCUGACACGGGCCUCUGCAGCUGCGAUCCCAACUGGAUGGGUCCUGACUGCUCUGUUGAAGUGUGCUCAGUAGACUGUGGUACUCACGGCGUCUGCAUCGGGGGAGCCUGCCGUUGUGAAGAGGGCUGGACAGGCGCAGCUUGUGACCAGCGCGUGUGCCACCCCCGCUGCAUUGAGCACGGGACCUGUAAAGAUGGCAAAUGUGAAUGCCGAGAGGGCUGGAAUGGUGAACACUGCACCAUUGAUGGCUGCCCCGAUUUGUGCAACGGCAACGGGAGAUGCACACUGGGUCAGAACAGCUGGCAGUGUGUCUGCCAGACCGGCUGGAGAGGGCCCGGAUGCAACGUUGCCAUGGAAACCUCCUGUGCUGAUAACAAGGAUAAUGAGGGAGAUGGCCUGGUGGAUUGCCUGGACCCUGACUGCUGCCUGCAGUCAGCCUGUCAGAAUAGCCUACUCUGCCGGGGAUCCCGGGACCCCCUGGACAUCAUUCAGCAGGGCCAGACAGACUGGCCCGCGGUGAAGUCCUUCUAUGAUCGCAUCAAGCUCUUGGCAGGCAAAGACAGCACCCACAUCAUUCCUGGAGACAACCCCUUCAAUAGCAGCUUGGUUUCUCUUAUCCGAGGCCAAGUAGUAACUACGGAUGGGACUCCCCUGGUUGGUGUGAACGUGUCUUUUGUGAAGUACCCAAAAUAUGGCUACACCAUCACCCGCCAGGAUGGCACAACCUUCUUCAGUGCUGCCCCUGGGCAGAAUCCCAUCGUGCCUGAGACCCAGGUUCUUCAUGAAGAAAUCGAGCUCCCUGGAUCCAAUGUGAAGCUUCGCUAUCUGAGCUCUAGGACUGCGGGGUACAAGUCCCUGCUGAAGAUCACCAUGACACAGUCAACCGUGCCCCUGAACCUCAUCAGGGUUCACCUGAUGGUAGCUGUAGAGGGACAUCUCUUCCAGAAGUCAUUCCAGGCUUCUCCCAACCUGGCAUACACCUUCAUCUGGGACAAGACAGAUGCUUAUGGUCAAAGGGUGUAUGGACUCUCUGAUGCUGUUGUGUCUGUCGGGUUUGAAUAUGAGACCUGCCCCAGUCUAAUUCUUUGGGAAAAAAGGACAGCCCUCCUUCAGGGAUUUGAGCUGGACCCUUCCAACCUCGGCGGCUGGUCCCUGGACAAACACCACAUCCUCAAUGUGAAAAGUGGAAUCCUGCACAAAGGCACCGGGGAGAACCAGUUCCUGACUCAGCAGCCUGCCAUCAUCACCAGCAUCAUGGGCAAUGGCCGCCGCCGCAGCAUUUCCUGUCCCAGCUGCAAUGGCCUCGCCGAAGGCAACAAGCUGCUGGCCCCGGUAGCCCUGGCCGUCGGAGUCGAUGGGAGCCUCUUUGUUGGCGACUUUAAUUACAUUCGGCGCAUCUUUCCCUCUCGAAACGUGACCAGCAUCUUGGAGUUACGAAAUAAAGAGUUUAAACAUAGCAACAACCCAGCACACAAGUACUACCUGGCAGUGGACCCCGUGUCCGGCUCACUCUACGUGUCUGACACCAACAGUCGGCGAAUCUACCGUGUCAAGUCUCUGAGUGGAGCCAAAGACCUGGCUGGGAAUUCAGAAGUCGUGGCAGGGACCGGAGAGCAAUGUUUGCCCUUUGAUGAAGCCCGCUGUGGGGACGGCGGGAAGGCUGUGGAUGCCACCCUCAUGAGCCCGCGAGGUAUCGCGGUAGACAAGAAUGGGCUCAUGUACUUCGUUGAUGCCACCAUGAUCCGGAAGGUCGACCAGAAUGGAAUCAUCUCCACCCUGCUGGGCUCCAACGACCUCACUGCCGUCCGGCCUCUGAGCUGCGACUCCAGCAUGGAUGUAGCCCAGGUUCGCCUGGAGUGGCCAACAGACCUUGCUGUCAACCCCAUGGAUAACUCCCUGUAUGUCCUAGAGAACAACGUCAUCCUUCGAAUCACUGAGAACCACCAAGUCAGCAUCAUUGCAGGACGCCCCAUGCACUGCCAGGUUCCUGGUAUCGACUACUCACUCAGCAAACUAGCCAUUCACUCCGCUCUGGAGUCAGCCAGUGCCAUUGCCAUUUCUCACACUGGGAUCCUCUAUAUCACCGAGACGGAUGAGAAGAAGAUUAACCGUCUGCGCCAGGUGACAACAAAUGGGGAGAUCUGCCUUUUGGCCGGGGCAGCCUCAGACUGUGACUGCAAAAAUGACGUCAAUUGCAACUGCUACUCAGGAGAUGAUGCCUAUGCCACUGACGCCAUCUUGAACUCCCCAUCAUCCUUAGCCGUAGCUCCAGAUGGCACCAUCUACAUUGCAGACCUUGGAAAUAUUCGGAUCAGGGCAGUCAGCAAGAACAAGCCCGUUCUUAAUGCCUUCAACCAGUAUGAAGCUGCAUCUCCCGGAGAGCAGGAGUUGUAUGUCUUCAACGCUGAUGGCAUCCACCAGUACACGGUGAGCCUGGUGACAGGGGAGUACUUGUAUAAUUUCACAUAUAGUGCGGACAAUGAUGUCACUGAAUUGAUUGACAAUAAUGGAAAUUCCCUGAAGAUCCGUAGGGACAGUAGUGGCAUGCCUCGCCACCUGCUCAUGCCAGACAAUCAGAUCAUUACCUUCACGGUGGGCACCAACGGAGGCCUCAAAGUCGUGUCCACACAGAACCUGGAGCUUGGCCUCAUGACCUACGAUGGGAACACUGGGCUCCUGGCCACCAAGAGUGAUGAAACAGGAUGGACAACUUUCUAUGAUUAUGACCAUGAGGGCCGCCUGACCAAUGUGACACGCCCCACAGGAGUGGUCACCAGUCUGCACCGGGAAAUGGAAAAAUCCAUCACCAUUGACAUCGAGAACUCCAACCGUGAUGACGACGUCACUGUCAUUACCAACCUCUCUUCAGUGGAGGCUUCCUACACAGUGGUACAAGAUCAAGUGCGGAACAGCUACCAGCUCUGUAAUAACGGUACUCUGAGGGUGAUGUACGCCAAUGGCAUGGGAGUCAGCUUCCACAGCGAGCCCCAUGUCCUAGCGGGCACCGUCACCCCCACCAUUGGGCGCUGCAACAUCUCCCUGCCCAUGGAGAAUGGCUUAAACUCCAUUGAGUGGCGCCUCAGAAAGGAGCAAAUUAAAGGCAAAGUCACCAUCUUUGGCAGGAAGCUCCGGGUGCAUGGAAGAAAUCUCUUGUCCAUUGACUAUGACCGGAAUAUUCGGACAGAAAAGAUCUAUGACGAUCACCGGAAGUUCACUCUGAGGAUCAUUUAUGACCAGGUGGGCCGCCCCUUCCUUUGGCUCCCCAGCAGCGGGCUGGCAGCCGUCAACGUCUCUUACUUCUUCAACGGGCGCUUGGCCGGCCUUCAGCGCGGGGCCAUGAGCGAGAGGACGGACAUCGACAAGCAAGGCCGGAUUGUGUCCCGCAUGUUCGCCGACGGGAAAGUGUGGAGUUACUCCUACCUUGACAAGUCCAUGGUCCUCCUGCUUCAGAGUCAACGUCAGUAUAUAUUUGAGUAUGACUCCUCUGACCGUCUCCACGCUGUCACCAUGCCCAGCGUCGCCCGGCACAGCAUGUCCACGCACACCUCCAUUGGCUACAUCCGCAACAUUUACAACCCACCUGAAAGCAACGCUUCAGUCAUCUACGACUACAGUGACGACGGCCGCAUCUUAAAGACGUCCUUUUUGGGCACUGGGCGCCAGGUGUUCUACAAGUAUGGGAAACUCUCCAAGUUAUCGGAGAUUGUCUAUGACAGUACCGCCGUCACCUUUGGGUAUGACGAGACCACCGGCGUUCUGAAGAUGGUCAACCUGCAAAGUGGAGGCUUCUCCUGCACCAUCAGGUACCGGAAGAUUGGCCCCCUCGUGGACAAGCAGAUCUACAGGUUCUCCGAGGAAGGAAUGGUCAACGCCAGGUUUGACUACACAUAUCAUGACAACAGCUUCCGGAUCGCAAGCAUCAAGCCUGUCAUAAGUGAGACUCCCCUUCCCGUUGACCUGUAUCGCUAUGAUGAGAUUUCUGGCAAGGUGGAGCACUUUGGCAAGUUUGGAGUUAUCUAUUAUGACAUCAACCAGAUCAUCACCACUGCCGUGAUGACCCUCAGCAAACACUUUGACACCCAUGGGCGGAUCAAGGAAGUCCAGUAUGAGAUGUUUCGGUCCCUCAUGUACUGGAUGACGGUGCAGUAUGACAGCAUGGGCAGAGUGAUCAAGAGGGAACUGAAACUGGGGCCCUACGCCAACACCACAAAGUACACCUACGACUAUGACGGGGAUGGGCAGCUCCAGAGUGUGGCCGUCAAUGACCGCCCCACCUGGCGCUACAGCUAUGACCUCAAUGGGAACCUCCACCUGCUGAACCCGGGCAAUAGUGUGCGCCUUAUGCCCUUGCGCUAUGACCUCCGGGAUCGGAUAACCAGACUUGGGGAUGUGCAGUACAAAAUUGAUGAUGAUGGCUACCUGUGCCAGCGCGGGUCCGACAUUUUUGAAUACAACUCCAAGGGCCUCCUAACAAAAGCCUACAACAAGGCCAGUGGGUGGAGCAUCCAAUACCGGUACGAUGGUGUAGGGAGGCGGGCUUCCUACAAGACCAACCUGGGCCACCACCUGCAGUACUUCUACUCCGACCUCCACAACCCGACUCGCAUCACCCACGUCUACAAUCAUUCCAACUCGGAGAUCACCUCGCUCUACUAUGACCUCCAAGGUCACCUCUUUGCCAUGGAGAGCAGCAGUGGGGAGGAGUACUAUGUUGCCUCGGAUAACACAGGGACUCCUCUGGCCGUGUUCAGCAUCAACGGUCUCAUGAUCAAACAGUUGCAGUACACGGCCUAUGGGGAGAUUUAUUAUGACUCCAACCCUGACUUCCAGAUGGUCAUUGGUUUCCACGGGGGCCUCUAUGACCCCUUGACCAAGCUGGUCCACUUUACGCAGCGUGACUAUGACGUACUGGCAGGACGAUGGACCUCUCCCGAUUAUACCAUGUGGAAAAAUGUAGGCAAGGAACCGGCCCCCUUUAACCUGUACAUGUUCAAGAGCAACAACCCUCUCAGCAAUGAGCUGGAUCUGAAGAACUACGUGACAGAUGUGAAAAGCUGGCUUGUGAUGUUUGGAUUUCAGCUUAGCAACAUAAUUCCUGGCUUCCCAAGAGCCAAAAUGUAUUUCGUGCCUCCUCCCUAUGAAUUGUCAGAGAGUCAAGCAAGUGAGAAUGGACAGCUCAUUACAGGUGUCCAACAGACAACAGAGAGACAUAAUCAGGCCUUCCUGGCUCUGGAAGGGCAAGUCAUUUCUAAAAAGCUCCAUGCCAACAUCCGAGAGAAAGCAGGCCACUGGUUUGCCACCACCACACCCAUCAUUGGCAAAGGCAUCAUGUUCGCCAUCAAAGAAGGGCGGGUGACCACCGGCAUGUCAAGCAUUGCCAGCGAGGACAGCCGCAAAGUGGCAUCUGUGCUGAACAAUGCCUAUUACCUGGACAAGAUGCACUACAGCAUUGAGGGCAAGGACACCCACUACUUUGUGAAGAUUGGUUCGGCCGACAGUGACCUGGUCACACUGGGCACCACCAUUGGCCGCAAGGUGCUAGAGAGUGGGGUGAACGUGACGGUCUCGCAGCCCACGCUGCUGGUCAAUGGCAGGACUCGAAGGUUCACCAACAUUGAGUUCCAGUACUCCACGCUGCUGCUCAGCAUCCGCUACGGCCUCACCCCCGACACCCUGGACGAAGAGAAGGCCCGCGUCCUGGACCAGGCGAGGCAGAGGGCCCUGGGCACCGCCUGGGCCAAGGAGCAGCAGAAAGCCAGGGACGGGAGAGAGGGGAGCCGCCUGUGGACUGAGGGUGAGAAGCAGCAGCUCCUGAGCACGGGACGUGUGCAAGGUUACGAGGGGUAUUACGUGCUUCCCGUGGAGCAGUACCCAGAGCUCGCAGACAGUAGCAGCAACAUCCAGUUUUUAAGACAGAAUGAGAUGGGAAAGAGGUAACAAAAUAAUCUGCUGCCAUUCCUUGUCCGGAUGGCUCAGCAGGAGUAACUGUUAUCUCCUCUCCUAAGGAGAUGAAGACCUAACAGGGGCACUGAGGCUGGGCUGCUUUAGGAUACCAAGUGGCAAAGAAGCUCACAUUUUUUGAGUUCAAAUGCUACUAUCCAAGCGAGAAGUCCCUCAUCCUGAAGUAGACUAAAGCCCGGCUGAAAAUUCCGAGGAAAACAAAAUGAAUGAAUGAAUGAACAAACACACACAAUGUUCCAAGUUCCCCUAACAUAUGACCCACUUGUUCUGGGUUCUACACAGAAAAGUGACCCAAAAGGUCCAAAAGGAACGAAAGAACAAAAACAAAAAAGCAAACAAGAAAACAAAAAUCAAAACAAACACGCCGACAGAAAAACAAAGAAAUGAAGACGAGAAAGGCCUCAUAUCCAAUACCUCACUCAUUCACAUGUGAGCGACAUGCAGACAUCCAGGAGGGCCAGCGUCACCAGACCAGCUGAGGACACUGAUUCAGACUGCUUGUUGGACACAUUCUUUCAGACAUUGCCGUUUAAGCAAAUACAGGUGCAUUUAAAACAUGACUUUGGGGGUGAUUUGUGUGUAGCGCCUGGGGGGGAGGGCAAAAGUGGAGGAGUGAGCACUGGAAAUACUUUUUAAGGAAAAGAAAAACGCAAGAAAAACAAAAAAGAAAUUCAUACAAAAAGCAAAGUGAAAUAAUACCGUCCAGCACUUAACUCUCAGGUCCCUACUUAGUCUGGCCUGAGCUAAUUUAUUUGAGCGCAGAGUGUAAAAUUUAAUUCACAAUGGUGGCUAUAAUCACUACAGAUAAAUUUCAUAUUCUUUUGUCUUUGGAGAUUCCAUUGUGGACAGUAAUACGCAGUUACAGGGUGUAGUCUGUUUAGAUUCCGUAGUUCGUGGGUAUCAGUUACGGUAGAGGUGAAGCAUCGUGACACUCUUUUGCUAACAGGUACCACUUCCGAUCACCCUGUACAUACAUAAGCCACAAGGCACAAUCACUGUUUCAGAUUUAAAAUUAUUAGUGUGUUUGUUUGGUCCAGAAACUGAGACAAUCACAUGACAGUCACCACGAGGAGAGAAAAUUUUAAAAAAUUUAAAAAAUAAAAACAAAAAAAAUUUUAAAAAUUAAAAAAACAAAAACAAAAAAAAAUGUCUAAUAAGAACUUUGGUACAGGAACUUUUUUUGUAAUAUACAUGUAUGAAUUGUUCAUCGAGUUUUUAUAUUAAUUUUAAUUUGCUGCUAAGCAAAGACUAGGGACAGGCAAAGAUAAUUUAUGGCAAAGUGUUUAAAUUGUUUAUACAUAAAUAAAGUCUCUAAAACUCCUGUGGA